GUUGUGCCGAAUGUAACGUUCUGUCAGUUUUAUUGAUUAGUAAAGAUAUAUUGAAAUAUGGCUAUAUUUGAUUUUUGGUCUGGAAUUUAUCUCGCUUCGUCGCAAGCCCCAUCAUACGGAUAUUGGGGCUGUGAUUAGCUUGAAAACAAAGCGAACUAACUAUAUUAACUUACAGUCGUUUCAGUUAUCGUUGUUACAUUCUGUAUCGAAAGACAUUGGUUUCUCAGAUAACUAGUAGCUGAGCGACAAUUGAAGCAAUAUGUCGUCGGAGGAAUUCGAGAAGUUGCACGAAGUCUACAGAUCACUGUACGAAGAGCUUAAGCUAAUGCCAGAGAGAGCUAUAAAAUGUCACGGAGAGGAGAGGAAGAGGCUGGUGAGAACUUUCGAUGAGAGAAAUGGGGAAGCCGAGGAAGUGUUACAAGGAAUGGAAGAUGAGCUGCGUGCUGCCCCUUCCUCUUACCGAAAUGCGAUGAGUACAAAGCUGCGCCUCUACCGCAGGGAUCUGGGUAAGCUGCAGCGGGACAUGAAAAACUCUGCUUCUAGCUCUGGCUCCUCUUUCCAACCAGGGGAAGGAAGUCAACAUGGAAUCUAUUCAUCACAAAAUCAACAAAGUAGACACUUGCAGUCUCAGAGAGCCUUGCUGCUCCAGGGCACAGAGUCUCUGAACACUGCCAGCCAAAGUAUUGAACGAAGCCAUCGCAUCGCCGUUGAGACGGAGCAGAUUGGCACGGAUAUCAUCGAGGAGCUGGGAGAACAGAGGGAACAGCUGGACCGCACUAGAAACAGAUUGGUGAAUACUGGAGAGAACCUCAGUCGAAGUCGAAAAAUUCUACGUGCCAUGUCACGGCGGCUGGUGACCAACAAGUUGCUUUUGGGUGUCAUAAUUGUAAUGGAGCUGGCCAUCCUGGGCGCUGUGAUUUACCUGAAGUUCUUCCGAAAAUAAGAGCUGUACCACUUGAAAACUGUCUAAGCUCUAGAUCCAGAGCAAACCAGGACUCUCUACAUCUGUCUGCACUGACUGUCCACUCCAGUAGCAAUAAUGCUGUUGUGCUGUAUUCAGCCAAUUGUGAGUGCAAACAGGGACAAUGAGAUGCCUUUGAGAUGGGUUUCUGUUCAUGGGUACAUGAAAUUUAUUUGACAAGAAUGAUGAAUUGUUGAACCUGUUAAUGGACCAAACCCACAGAAGCUCUAACUAUGAACUGAGAUUUGCACUGUUGUAUCAGACUGUUAAUGCUGGUGAUGCACUGCAGGAUGAUUUUCUGGACCUGGCUGCUGCAGAUCCCAGCGAUGAUUCUUUGUGAAGUUGUAGACAAGUCAGGGUUUGCUUCCACCCCCAUGUGUAGAUUCCCUGGUGGUGUUAUGUAUGAAAUAUUAUGGACACAGCAGUUCUGUGAGCUUUAUAAAUUCUCAGAUUGGGAUUCUUUACAAAUAUCAUUCAACACAGUUGUGUUGUGGAUUAUCUUUCUAAUAGUGAACAGCAGUAUGUAAUGAAAUGGCUCCAGUUUAAUCUGUUUUGUAAUGUGUUCCAGUACAGUAUCCAAAAAGCUCUAUUAAGCUAUUUUUUCCAGUUCUGAGUGCUGAGACCUUAGGACAAAUUUUUCUGUCAGAGGGGUGAAUGUGAAAAAUAGAUGCAAUGUUCUUUAUGGUUAAUGAUGUUGGGUAAUUGCUGUAUGAUCGAAAUAGGCUUCAGUGUUCCUUAUUUGGAAAGUCUCCACAUGAUUAAAGCUAAUAUUUAACCACACUUUGGAUUUUAUCUGGUGU